AUGCCCAUUCCAAUCAUCGCCCAGGGUCUCCGGGAGGGCAUCUCAUCCAUCCCACAUGCCUGGUCAUUCAUCAAAUAUGCGCCAUGGCUCCUAGUCCUGGCCGUCCUGAAGUGGUACUUCGAAGGAGCCCGCAACACAUCGGAACGAAUGAUGCGGUCAAAAGUAAUAAUGGUGACAGGCGGCACAUCUGGCAUAGGGGCAACAGUAGUCCGUGAACUAGCCCUCCGCGGCGCACAAGUAAUCCUCCUAACCCGCCAACCACCAUCGGACCUCUUCCUCAUGGAAUAUAUCGAUGAUCUCCGAGCAACAACAAACAACCAACUAAUCUACGCCGAACAAGUCGACCUCGCCUCCCUCCACAGCGUCCGCACCUUCGCCACAAAAUGGAUCGACAACAUCCCACCCCGCAGACUAGACAGUAUAAUCCUCUGCGGCGGCAUCGCAGAGCCAACCCACGCCCGUGGCCGAACACUAGACGGCAUCGACCGCGAAUGGCAAGUCAACUACCUUGCAAACUUCCACCUCCUCAGCAUCCUCAGUCCAGCACUACGUGCUCAACCCGCCCACCGUGAUGUGCGGGUCAUCUUCGCCAAUUGCUCUAGCUAUAUCGGUGCAGACUUUACGCAGUUGGAGGGUAUGGCACGUCCGAAACCUCAGACUUCCAAGUCUAAGGCUCAGGAUGUCAUCCCACCCCCGAAGAAUGUCUACGCUCUCGCCAAACUAUCCCUCACCAUCUUCGCGCAUUCCUUCCAGCGCCAUCUGAACGCUUAUAAACGGCCUGAUAGUCUGCCACCUUGCACGCGCGUGAUAAUGGUUGACCCGGGUCUCUGCCGGACACCGGGGACAAGACGCUGGCUUACAGGAGGUUCACUCUGGGGACUGGCGCUGUACCUGAUUACCUGGCCUAUUUGGUGGCUGGUGCUUAAAUCGCCGCAGCAGGGCGCGCAGAGCAUACUGUAUGCAUCUAUGGAGGCGGAGUAUGGACGUGGGGAUGGCGGGUGGUUGAUUAAGGAGUGUCGGCAGGUGGAUUAUGCGCGGAGUGAUGUUAAGAAUGAUGAGGUUGGAAAGAAGUUGUGGGAGUUUAGUGGGAAGAUGAUUGAGGAGGCGGAGAAAGAUAGUGCUGUGAGACGGGCGCUUGAGAAGAAGAUUGAGGAGGAGGCUGAGAAGGUUCGCGUGCAGAAGGGGGAGCAGAAGGGGGAGAAGAAGGCGAGGGAGGAGGAGAGUUCGAAGAAGGGGAAGAGUGAUGGGUCUAGGAGGAGUCGGAAGGGGAAUGGGAAUAAGUAG